CCCCCAGCAAUAUUAUUUUCAGUGAUGGCUUGUUUAUUAAACGUUACAUAUUUUCCGGACCACGCAUGACAUAUGAUCUCUCUUCACACAUUUGUUGUGAAAUUCUUGACUGCAAUAUUAUUAUAUGAUGCUGAGUGGAUUAAGCGCAAGAUUGUUACUUAAAAUCAAUCCAUCAAUAAACCAGUCGGCCAAUUUCGAAUUAUGUGUAUAUUAUUGACACCUUGGGUGUAUGGGAACAACCUAUCGUCAACAUGCAUCAAAUUAAAUGAGAAUAUAAAAGCAGGUGCAAAAUGUGGCAAUAAUCGAUAGGUUGACAAUGGCAGUGUUGGCCUUAUUAGAAGAUAUUGCGAAUGGUCACAUUCGAAAUGAACGAGUGUUCCGUGAUUAUUACGAUUUUUUGGCUCAUGAUGAUGACUGGCUUAUCAGCCGAUUCAGAUUUCCAAGAGCUAUCCUCUUGGAACUAUGUACUGAGUUGAGCCCGGGUUUGGAGAGGCAGACGGCGAGGAGUCACGCAUUGACAGUUCCAAUACAAGUCCUGACUACGCUUGGUUUUCUAGCAACAGGAUCAUUCCAGAGGGAAUUGGCUGACCGGUCAGGAAUGAGUCAGGGAGCUCUGAGCCGCGCCAUUCCGCCUGUUUUAAACGGGAUCAUCCGCAUCUCAGCCAGGUAUAUACGGUUUCCAUAUGAUGCAGUAAACCAAGCAAACAUCAAAGCGCAAUUUGCAGCGAUAGCCGGUUUUCCCAAUGUAAUCGGAGCGAUCGACUGCACACACAUUGCAAUAAAGGCGCCAUCUGAAGGGGAAUAUGAGUACGUUAAUAGGAAACACUUCCAUUCCUUAAACGUGCAAAUAAUCUGUGAUGCCCAAAUGCGCCUUACGAAUAUCGUGGCAAGGUGGCCUGGGUCAACCCAUGAUUCAUUCGUCCUGAGAAACAGCUCGGUUGGGAAUAGGUUGGAGGCUGGAAGAGUGUGUGAUGGGUGGCUAAUUGGAGACAGCGGUUACGCCUUACGGCCAUGGCUGUUAACCCCCCUCGCCAACCCACAGACUGUCCGAGAGCAGAGAUAUAAUGAUAUCCAUGCACGCACUCGGACAGUCGUGGAAAGAGCGAUAGGGCAGCUGAAGAGCCGGUGGCGCUGCCUUGACCGGAGCGGGGGAAUGCUGCUCUAUCACCCUGAAAAGGUGUGCCGCAUUGUGCAGGCAUGUGGGGUUCUGCACAAUGUUGCGCACAGGCACGGCGUGUCAUUACGCGAGGUAAUGGACCUCCCAGAAGACCCAGACCCCGGACCAAACAAUGCGCAGCCCAAUGUAGAGGCCAUUCGAAUCCUGCAGCAGUUAAUAGGCAGAAUAUAAAAAAGCACAGCGCGAGUUAAAACCCGGCCUUUCCCACUGGCAGCAGAAGGGGGGCAAUGGGCAGUGGAGACGGAGACGCCGGACACGCCUGGCUGGGGGUCUUCCUCUGGCACCAUCAGCUGUGCGCCACUUGGUCCUUG